GACUUUUUAAGAUCGUAAGUCUGAGAAAUGUAAGUAGAGAUACGAGAAGGGUCCCCACGAGUUCAGACACUCGAUUCGAUGUUGCGAUUUGACCACUUGGGAGUUGUCCCUGUAGUGUUCUGCUUAUCAGUACAGCUGAUGAUAAGUGUUAAAUCUACGAAAUCGGAAAUUACGCUGUGCGGUGCCUUGUAACCGAAGAAAAUGUGUGUGUGAGGAUACGUGAUGUGAACGAGCGCGGUGGGGCCACUGACGUCGCCUCGCCAGCGCGCCGCCUGCCGUCCCCCGUCCCCAGUGCCAAAUAUUUUGCAAUGUGAAAGUGUGGAAUCAUGCCACGCGUGAUUUUUCCCGUCGAUUUUCCCAGCAUGGCUUUCGUCAGGGACUUUCGGAAAAUAUGGUUUUUUGUACCUUUUGACCUCACGUUGUCGACAUGCAUGCUGUUAACGAAAUCAUAUCUGUUUUGGAGAGGAUCAAUAUCACAAAAGAGCUGUUGGAGACCACCAGACUUGGGAAGCACGUGAACGAGCUGCGAAGGAGGACCACAGACCAGACGCUGGCGCGCCGCGCCAAGGUGCUGGUGAAGAGAUGGCGGGACCUGGUGAUACCCAGUGUCGCCUCGCCCGGACACACAGGUUCAAACCGGUCGUCGGCGGAGCGCGCGGUCCGGCGGCUGGGGGGGACUCCGCUCACCUCCCCCGCCUUGUCACGACAAGUGGUCAGCCCGGCUGUUCCCAGUCCGCGACCUCUUUCGAGGCCAGCUUGGGGCGGUUACGAGUCGGACUCCCAAGAUGUGAUCCUGGUGGACGAUGACCCGCCUCCCGCCCCGGCCAAGUCUGAAGUCGCCGCUGCUAAACGGCCGCCGUCCCCUACUCCUUCCAACGAUGAGAAGAAAGCAAAACGUGACAAAAAACCUAAGAAAAGGAGGGGCUCCGUGUCGGAGGCGGCGGCGCGCAACGGCGGCGAGGCGCGGCGCCGCAACGGGUUCCGGCGCGCCGCGCUCGAGCCCUACGCCGCGCUCGUGCGCCGCCUGCCGCCCGCCGGCGCCAAGAAGGUGAAAACGACUAAGGAACUGUUGGAGGAGAUCCAGCAAAGGGCCGGCAAGUCCGCCUCGCCACGCUCACCGGACGUCAUGGUCAUAGAGUCUGAGUCGAGUCCAAUCAAAGUGGAAUCUCCCUUGCGCAACGGUGGCAGCGAGUCCCGGGUUCCCUCCCCGGCGGCGGAGCCCGAGCCCGAGCCGGAGCCCGAGCCGGAGCCCUGGCAGCCGCUGGAGGACUACCGCGAGCACCGGGAGUGCACCUGCGGGGAAGAGGAGGAGGACGAGAACUGCGCCGCCAAGGAGGCCCGCCUCCGCUCCGUAGUGUUGCCGGCCCACGUCAGAGCCCUACACCACACAUUCCUCCCCGGGAUCAACGGGACCCGGGCCCCUCCCCUGCCUCACCAGUUCGCCGUCAGAAAGAUAGAGGACCCAGACAGACCGGGACUGUUCAAUAGUGUUGUGCCUCUGUAUAAAUAUUCGGACUAUGCGGACGAUUAUUGUGCUAAAAAUAUGGACAGUGUUCCCCUGUGUUCGCACUUACCGUGGACGGAGUUCGCCCCGCCGCCGCCUGACCCGCCCCCGCCGCCUUCACCGCCCCCUAUAAGGCCCUAUCCUACAUAUGAACCUGAGAUAGACGUCAAGAAAGAGAAAGAAGAUACGGAGUCACUCGAGGCUGAAGAAGACAGCACUCCGGGUGAAUUAGAUAGCAAGAUCGACGCGGAAAUGGUCGGUCUGCCCCGACUCGAGCCCAGCGAGAGGUUAAAAGCGCCGCUCCUGACGGCCGAAGACGAGACUCAGUUCAGUGAUAGCGGCAGAACUGUUGUUAAAAUGAAACUGGAAACGGUGGAGGAGUUCAAAUGCGCCUCGCCCGAGCAUCGGACCGUGGAGCGGACGAAAGGCGUGGUGGACGGGAAGGAGUUGUACGAACAGUGUUGUAGUGUCAGAGACUCGGUGCCGUAUGACUACGAUCAGUUGUGUUCGGCGCCCGUAGUGAGUUUGCCGGAGAGCAGUGAGGAAGUGAGUGCGGCGGUGUGCAGUGCUUUGUUGGCGAGCGAGCGCGGCGAGCGGGAUUCGCUCGCUCGGCCGCCGCGCCCCGCCGCCUUCGCGGAGUGGCACGAGUGCGCGCGGCUGGGCGGCCUCGUGGCGCUGCCGUACGUAGUGAUCGACUGACGCAGUGCCAAACCACAGCCUUUGAGCGUUCAAGUGUCCUUAUGUUAGGUUUAAGUGUACCCGGUGUGUGUAGAAGGCGGGGCGCGCGGCUGGUUCGCGCGUGUGGUCGCAUUGUGAUUUGUCAUUUUACAUAAUGUUAAAAAUAUUUUGUUCUCCAAACUUGAAUGAUAAAUAUUCUUCAAUUAGAGAAAGGUUAUCUCAUCAUCAAGCAUUUUUGACUCCGUAGAGAACAGAGAAGAUUUUAUUGUUAUAUGUUUAAAAAAAAUGUAAUAUGGAGACAAAAAGCAUACAAAAAAAGCCUUUUAAAACAAUAGAAAGUUAAUUGAGCUACUUUGAAUAACAACUUAAUAAUUCCACAAUUUUUCCAAAAUAUAUAGAUUUAUUUAUAUAAAUAAAAAGAUUAAUGACUUAUUCUGGUAUGUGAUCACAUGUGCAACCGGACAUUAGACCCGUCGGUCGUUGCGAGUGCUCGAAUAUGUAAAUAUAAGUUAGCGAAUGUCCCAUGAGAGCCGACCUUUAUUUUUAAAAUGUCUAUUCUGUUCAUUGUUAAUGUUAAAACAUUAAUUAUUAAAAAGGUAUUUUAGAUGGAAAAAUAUUAUUGUUAAUGACACUAGAGUUGUGAUUUAGGAAUCAUGACUUUGAAAUAUCUAGUAUAAUAUCUAUCAUAGUUCGUCAUCAGAUAAUUAAUCAUCAUUUAAAAUUUCACAACUAAAUCUAAUUUUUUUUCUGCAUAAAACUUCCAUACUUUCUGUGAUAACUGCAUUAGUCUGUUUGUAGCUAUUCAACAAAUUAAAUGUUGAACCAAUUGUGAAGAAAUAUAUAGUUGGUAAUUGUUUAUCGGACGAGCGCGGGUUAUAACUUGUGUAGUGAAUAAAAAAGACGUAUUUCGCGUCACACUGGUUUUUUUCAUUAAUUCAAAAGUUGUAUGACGUUUCGCUUUUUAGCAUUUCCCUUAAUUGGCUUUUACAAUAUGCUCGGCAAGGGAAGCAGCUGGCAUACUAUGUUUUCCCUUCCCCACCAGAACAGCGCAGAAGUAUACACAUUCAAGUUUCCAAAGCUUUGAAACGUUAAAAGAAUUAACUAAUGUAAUUAACAAUAUAUUUAUCCAAUCAAAUGUACCCUAUUGUUACAUUGACAAUGAACGGAAUAAAUAAAUGUUGCAGUCGUGUGACCGAAAGUGUUUUAGUCAUAUAUUUAUUUUAUAUCGUUCUAGGCGAAAACAAAUUUUGUAAACGGUGGAUCGCGAAUUGUGAUAUUAACGUAUUUACGACUGUUAAUGGUGAAUUUUUAAUUUGAAAUUGCGACGAGAAACGCAAUGGAAUGAGGAUUUGUGUCGUUUUUAACAAUAAUAAUUUAACUUUGACAAAUUUUAUUCUCAAAGUUUCUGCAGUCGCCACCUACGACAUUCACAGGAAGGGUUUGGUGGUUUGAACCUAUUGCGCUCACUUGGCGGGGCCCAUAUUGAGUCUCAUAAUUUAAGGCAUAAUUUGAAGAUGUCGUAACAUUUUUUUAACAAAACUAUCGGUUCGCAAACCUUUUAAUAAUAAUAUAAAACGUUAUGCGACGCGAUGAUUAUGACAAAAAACAUGUUAUGAAACCUUGAAAUUAUGACAUUUAAGUUUAUUCAAUAUGGACCACUCUCAAGGAUAGAAUAGGACCACAUCAACACUUUUUGUGACUGUUGCAGGUGAUGAUUAAAGGAAAACAGCCUUAAUUAGUUCAUUUUAAUGAUAACACUGAAUUAUUUGUUGAUAUUAAUUUAUUUAUACAACCUUAUUUUAUUGCGUUUCUCAUCUCGUCAGUCGCUGUUACUAUCGGCCCGGAGUCCAUAUUAAUGUCACACGGAAAAAGCAGAGGCGGAGAAACAGUGAAGACAUGUUUUUUCUAUUCAUUGAAUAUGUAUGAGAAACUAAAGGCGUAGCCAAGAUUGGGUGUGUGUUGGGGGGGCUAAAUAAAGUAGCGGUUGAGGAGGGGCUACUCUAUAAAAGUAGUGAUGACAUCAGUGUGUAUCACAAGAUGGGAACUGGGAAGCAGCCGUACAAGUAACAGUCAAAAAGCCUAGAUACAAAAGAAAAUAAAAUUUACUGUAACUUUACUGUUAAUGACGUCUCGCUUCGCCUUUGAAAUUUCCCUGUGGCCUAAAAUAAUAUCGGACACCAAAUGCGACCAAAUAAUCGUUUCACGUAGUAAAAAUAUGAAUAUUUUUGUACCUCAGAGUUUUGUUUUUCAUAACAGCCGAUAGUACGCCGACUGAUUUUGUAAUCUGCAUUUGGCUCGGGCGCAGAAAGUCAUUUUCGCAAAUAGACAAAUCUUGAAAUUGUGUUGAUUUGUUAAUAAAUGUCUUCUUCGCAAAAAGUCUAAGUAACUCUCGUCCUUUAUAAUCGUUGAAAACUAUUAAAUUAUUCAAUUAUAAAACUAUUUAAGUAUAAAGUACCUAUUCGUGUUAUUACUCGUGUUACCUACCCAUGCAAAUACAAAUAUUAUGAAUUCGCAAUAUUAUAACUAAAAAUCCGCUUUCAGUAUGAGCUUAUGGUGACUGAGAGAACGACCUAUUUAGAAAAUGUCGUUUUGCUUCUGACAUUUUGCGAAAUAGACGUUUUGCUAUUGGUCAUUUUACGAAAAAGACCUUUUGCCCCCGACCGGGACAUUUCACCGAUCCACCCGUGUUGUAUAGGAUGUUAUUCCCAAAUAAGACAAAAAAAAUCUCUAGACUGUCAUAAAACAAGUUCUUGUUACCGAAUGUGAUUUAAAAAAAUGAAAAAUUAGGUAAUUAAUAAUAAUAGGAGUUCCAAUUGUAUUAUAUUAUAUACAUAUAUAUUAUAUAUAUAUAUAUUGCUAUAUCAUUCAGUCGGAUAUCAAAUUACGAAUAAGUGCAAACUAUACGUCUCAAAUUGACCAUGUUGUUUUUUUUUUAUUUUAAUUUUUUCGUGUAGGAUUCCGUCGUGACUGGAAAUGGAAGGUCUGUGCAAAAAAACACUUUGAUGUUGCCGUUCACCAUUCAUCCACCAUCUUGUCGUUGGUCCUGGUAGGGGUGGGUCGUGUUACGAAACGAUUAUGUUUUGAAUAUUCACGAUCAUUGACAAGGUACAUGUCUGUCUAUCUUACCUCUCUCUUUUACUAUGAGGUUAAUCAAAUGGAUUGGAGAGGAUAAGACAUAUUCCUUGAUAAACUUCGUGAAUAACAAUCUGACCCGCUGGGAUCAUGGUUACACAUUUUGUCCUAUAAUUAUUGCAUCUGAUUGUGCUUCGAAAUUCACACUAGGGUCCUGAAAUCCAUCUAACAUUUAAAUCUAGAUUUUAAAUACUUGGUCAGUUCUAAAGCCAAGAUGAUGAUGAUGGCUUGAUUGCACAGGCGUUUCAUUAAAUAGCAUGAUUGAUUCCCGGUUUUAUUUUAUGUUCCAAUGACGCAUAUCUGCUAUCUGUGGGCUGAUCGCGCGCGCCAAAGCAGUUAGCUUUAUUGUAUAAAUUAUAAUACUCCCGAAACUGAGACAAUACAAAUGCUUUUGUAUAAUAUAAUUUCCGAAUCAUUUAUGAUGACCUGUUAAAGUGAGAUAGGUUUCACACAGCCGAAAUUACAAUGGCUGGUUGGAAUUUUUCAUGUGAUUUCUUUGAAAAGUGUGCUGAGAGAGGGUUCUCGGAAAUUCCCGCGGAACCGGGAAUACGUGUACCUUUGAGUGUAAGAAGUCGGGCUAAAGUUUUUAGGCAAAGGAUAGCUACAUUUUUGGUAACAAUGAGAGCGUAGGUUAGUAAGAAGACUGAUUUAUUGAGCUGCCCCCGUUGCAUAGCACGCGCGAUGCCGUUUUUAUCGCGCUAUAUUUCGCUUUUUGUUAUGUCGUGACAAGGGACAGCGAUAGUUUUACGCGCGAUGAAAACGGCGUAGCGCGUGUCAUGUGUACGUGGGAAGGGGUUUUGGGGUAGGUACCAUUGGUGCGUAUGGUAGUGAGUCACCAUACCCGUCACCAUAUCGCGCCACACCCCCUAGUGACAUCAGUAAAAUUAACCUAAAUUGCAACUAUCUCAGUAUUUCUCAUAUAUUUUGCCAAAUGGCUGAUAAUAAGGUUGCAUACGUGUAGAUACAGUUUUUAAGUUUACAUAGGUUAGGAUAUUAAGCCAAUUUUCAAUGUCGCCUAGUGCAUUGCUCAAAAAUCAGCAUUUAUGGCGACAAAAUUUUAUUGUUUCUUUAAUUAUUUUGUCCAAUGUUGACGUUUUAACUAGUCAAAAUGAUUCCAAUUUGUAUACAACAGAAGGGAAGCUAUAUAUUACUGAUAAGCGAGCUAAUAUAUAAAUGUGGUUGAGCGUUGUAUAUAAAAAUACUAGAGAAAAAAAAUCUUCCUAUAAAAUCUUUCCAUUAGAAUUUCUUCCAAAAAUGUUCAAAGUAAAUUCUCAAGUACACGGUACAGUACAAAAAUGUUAACUUAUUUACUUAACGUAGCACAAAUAUCAAAUAUUAACAGUAUGCUGAUACGAAUUUUGUUUUAAAAGAAAAUCAUUUAUAAUUAGCGAGAAAUGGAACGUUUCCGUGUUUGAAACUUAUUCUUUUCACGUUUCAGUCUAGUUAAAGCUUGAACCAAACUUGUCGGCCCAUAGAUAGCAGAGUGCGUUGUGUCAUGGUGGGCGGUAUGUUUAGUGAACGACCGUGACGCCAGCGCCCCCGUGUCGAGUUUAGGUGGAUCUGUCUUUUAGCUGUUUAUUAAAACUUGUGUUUUGUAUGUAAACUGAACUUGAGAUAUUUAAUGUGCAUUUAGAAUGAGCAAAACGAUCUUUAAAAAAUCAUACAUGAUAUCAUUGCCAGUUUUUUGUAGUUGUUAAGAAAAAGAUAAGCAAAAUCAAUUGACUGAUGUCAAUUAGCCGAUCUUUCGUAUUUGUGAUACGACAACGUUGACUGAGUGAUAAUAGUCGCAUUGUUCUCUUGCAAGCUUUUCAAGUAAGUCAAAUAUAAUCAUUAUGUGUUCCUUUUAUUUGUGAACAGUUCGUGGCUUAAAUUUUUCAUGAAAAUAUUUCGUAGCAAUAGCAACACAGAUCGUUUUGUGAUAUCAUGUUAAGUACAAAUGCUAAACAUAUGACACGUCCGCACAUCUAAUUAAAUUUAAUUAAUAAUUAAUCUUAAUGCAAUAUUUAUGUAAAAAAAUCAUAAAUUAAUUAAAAUAUCACUUCAGAACAGAUUACAAACAUAUCUAUAUAAAAGUAAUAUCAUUUUAUUAUUAUUAUUAUCGUUUGGGAUCUAUGGUAAUUUUUUAUUAGUAUUUUCGUUAAUUUGAUUGUAAGUGGUCAAACCACGGGUGUGUUGCUAGUUGUGUACCUAUGUAUGUUCUUUAUUUAAAAUUUUGUUUUAAUUAGAUAUGUUGCCAACAUAAAAUCAAUUAGUCUACCAAAAUGGCAGUCAAGUUCUUCCAAACUUUCCAUUUAUAAAACAUGAAUGUGGGAUAGGUAGGUGUAUAUUUUUUUAUUGUUUCACACUCAAUAUGCCACGGUGUGCCUGUAGCCGGCAAGGAAUCUUUUUCAUUGAAAUUAUUUUUGAAAAUUUUGUACUAGUUUUUUGUUUAUAGAAAAUGAAAGUUAAUUGUUUUGUAUAUUAUCAUAAUUAUGUAUUUAACCCUUCAAAAAGGAUUUAAACUUAUUGAGACAAUGUUUAAUAAGCACAAGCAAAUUACAAUGAUAAGUAAAAUGCUCCUUCGCUUUUUAAUCUGACAUUAGGGAUUUAGAGCUAUUCUCAUGAAAUCUAAUUUUAAUAAAAAAGUUAAAUAAAUGUCUAAGGGAGCGAGAUUUUUUCUGUAGACUUGAUCUGAAUUCAUACGGCGAAUUUUCAGGGAUGCUAUUUUUAUUUGUGAUCUUAAAAUUUCACAAGUUGAAAUGGCACCUGUUUUAUGAAAUUCCUGUCCAGUUAAUGUUGUAUAUUUUGUAACAUUUAGCUCUAUUUUAUGAAAGACAGAUCCACCGAGCCAGGCACUGAACCAAAAGGCCUUAGCGUAAAGCGCGGGAAUCCGCGGGAGCUUGUUAGUCUAGAUGAUGGCCGCAGACUGCCUUCUUGGACUAGAUCCAAAAUUUUGGUAAAAUAUAAAAGCAAAAUAUAUGUGUUUUUAUUACGA